AUGUUGAAGCGUAUAUGUUCUGGUAUUGCAAUUUGGGCAGCAUUGGGCGCUGCCCAAUUUGAACAGCAAAUUUCUCAAUGUAAAGACUUAGAAUCUAGCAUCAGUGCUUUGGACCUUUCCCAAUGUUCUCCUGGGUUGGAGCAAUGUCUCUUGGCCACCAUGGGUGUUGGGAACGAAAACUGUGCAGCCUGCGUUCAAGUUUCAGGUGAUUUACAAUUGGAAUCCAAUUGUGCUUGUAUUGAAUGUAUUAUUUCCAAUUUGAACUCAAAAUGUUUCACAGCUUACUGUUCCAGUUCAGGAACAAACCAUGCUGUAUUGCAAAAAUUAAAUGAGGAAUUGGGAAAGGAUAGUAAAUUGACAAUUCCAGUGAUCGCCGAGAAUCAUGAGUUACAAUAUUACGUUGAUAAUAAUGAAGAGAUUCAUAGACCUUUGCUAGAUUUAGAGAAACAACGAUUGGUCCACAACUUCUUGACCUUUGCCAAGUAUCAAUUGGGUAACACUUUUGCAGGUCUUGGAAAGAGAGAUUUCCCUUGUGAUCAAGUAGAUUGUGAAAGAUUGGAUGCUUUGAUUGAUGAACAUGGUGAUGAACAUAGUGAUGAGGUUCAGGACGCUAAGUUUUGGAAGAAGCUCAAAAAGCUCAAAGAGAAAAAAGGCAAAAAGGGAGGAGACGAUGAUGAUGACGAUGAUGAUGACGAUGAUGAAAGUGGGAAGCCACCAUGUUCUGAAAAAGAAUGUACUACCACUUUUGUGUCUACCAGUUACAAACCAAAAAAAAGAAUAAUGACCAGUUGGAAACCUAUCAAGAUUACAAUCACAGAAACUUUAACCGGAAAAGAUUGUAAGGGCAAAGUGAUUACGAAGACUCUUUGGGAUACUGAGACCCAAACUGAGACUGAAACUGACUGGGCAACCACGACAAAAUGGAAAUGGAAGAAAGAACAUACCGUUACUGCUACGAAGACUGAACAGACGCCGGUAACAAAAGUCAUAUACAAACAUGAUAAGCUGACUGUCACCGAGACUGAAUUCGAAGUAAGUACAAGGACCAAAUAUAAGCAUGAUAAAGCUACCAUCACUGAAACGGAAUUGGAAGAAGUUACAAAGACGAAAAGAGUAGCCACAGAUACGACUACAAUUGUCAAAUGGAAGACAGACACAGAAUGGGACACCACUACUAAGAUCAAAAAGAAGACCAUUCCGACCACAGAGACUGAAACUGAAACUGAAACUGAAACUGAAACUGAAACGGCAACGACAACUGCAACGACAACAUCUUUGACGACCGUUACUACAACUGCUUCUAAGGUUAAGAUGCCAUUACUAUCAGGGUUGGGAUUCGAUCUUUUAAAUGCGAAUAAUAUUCAAAACGUUUCAGUAACAGAUUAUGUCUUAGGCUAUACGACUUCUAAAACUGCUACCCCUGGUAAUAAAUCGAGUUCAGUUAUCGCAACGCCUUCAUCUGAACCACUUCCAAAUAGUGUGUCUGGACAUGAGAAAACUAUGAGGUAUAGUAACGAUUCCAACUCUUCAAACAGUGACACGUUUGAAUCAUCUUCUUCCACUAGUACAGAUGUUACUAAAUCAUGGAUUAUUUCAUCCAUUGCUGCAUUAGCUGGUAUAGUUUUCAUUUACACAAUGUCAGAACAACGUGUGCGUCCAGAAAAUCCCGGUGGAAACCAAGGUCAAGAGCCAGCCUCUAAUGAUGAUGGUGAUUCUGAGAACAGUUCAGUGACCAUCUCCAAAGUAUCUGAUUUCGAAAUGGACACGGAAGAUCUGAUAGAUUCAGACAUCCGCAAACUUUUGAAUAAUUCUAUCCCACAUGCAGGCAGUACAAAAGAGAAUCUAGCAUCACAAUUAGUUGAAGACCCGUUGGGGAUAAUUGAAGUAGCUUAA